ACAUAUCUAUUUGUCCACGCGUCAAGUUUGGUUUAUAUUUUCAGUGGGGCAUUGUUUGCAGUCACAAAUGGAUUGUCGCGUUAAUCACAUCUCUUCAGAUGGUUGGUGUUUUGUUUGGAUGUCUUUUUUCAAGCUAUUUAGCUGACUAUAUUGGUCCGAAACGCACGUUUUUCUCUGGACAAUUGACUGUAAUAAUCUUCAAUUUUGUUGGCAUUUACUCCACUUACGCAGAGUUGUAUAUUUUAAUCAGAAUACUUAUUGGGUUAGGUAUCGGUUUGUCUGUCACUGUGCAGUUUGCAUUAAUGAUCGAAUAUGUGCCUGCUAAAUUAGUACCUGUAGUAUCAGCAGUACCUUCAGUAUCUAUUGGAGGGUGUUUAUUUGCUCCCGUUGUAUGGUGGCUUCAUGACUGGAAGAUGUUCCAUUUGUUCAUCACUGUUGCAGGAUUACCGUCCCUGCUUUUAUUUUGGUGUGUUCCCGACAGCUUUAGAUGGCAAAUGAUAAAAUAUAAACAGGCAACUGCUGCUAGAACGUACCGUAUGAUCGCAUGGGUAAACAGAAAAGAAAAACCUGACGUCAACGACCUAUUAACAGACUGUUUCAGAGCUAGAGGACUAUAAGAAU